AUGGCGGCGCAGAACGCUGCUGCGACGGGCGUGGAGUCGCCGGGGGAUGCGAGGAAGAGGACGGCCGGGCAGGCCAAUGGCGAUUACAUCCCCAAGGGCGCCGAGGACAAGAUGGACGAGAAGACGAAGCAGAAGACCAACUCCCUCCUCAGCACCCUCGACAACUACGAAUUCCUCAUCGCCCCCCUCAUCUUCACCGCCCUCGCCCUCUUCACGCGCAUGUGGAAGAUCGGCCUCUCCCCCAUCGUCACCUGGGACGAAGCCCACUUCGGCAAAUUCGGCUCCCACUACCUCAAGCGCGAAUUCUACUUCGACGUCCACCCUCCGCUGGGGAAAAUGCUCGUCGGUCUGAGCGGGUGGCUGGCGAACUACAACGGCUCCUUUGAGUUCAAGUCCGGGGAGACGUACCCGGAGGAGCUGAACUACACGUACAUGCGCCUGUUCAAUUCGGCUUUUGGAGCCAUGUGCGUCCCGCUGGCGUAUUUGACGGCGAAGGAGCUGCAUUUCAAGCGCCCGACCGUGUGGUUGGUGACGGCCAUGGUGCUGUUUGAGAACUCGUACACGACGAUCUCACGGUUCAUCCUGCUGGAUAGUAUGUUGUUGUUCUUCACGUUCACGACGGUGUUCACGUGGGCCAAGUUCCAUAAUCAGAGGCAUGAUCCGUUCUCGCCCGAGUGGGGGCUGUGGUUGAUGCUGAGUGGGGUGAGCAUUGGGUGUGUGUGCAGUGUCAAGUGGGUGGGGAUGUUUGGGAUGGCGAUGGUGGGGUUGUAUACGGUGGAGGAUUUGUGGAGGAAGUUUGGGGAUUUGAAGAUGCCGAAGGUCGAACUUGCAGCGCAUGUCGGCUUCCGCGUCGUCGGCCUUAUCCUCAUCCCUCUGGCUGUCUACAUGUUUUCCUUCUGGAUCCACUUUUUGAUUCUGGAGAACAGCGGUCCCGGAGAUGCUCAGAUGUCUUCUCUCUUCCAAGCCAACCUUCGAGGGACGGAAGUCGGCAAGGAUAGCCCUCUUGAAAUCGCUCUCGGUUCCCGCGCAACGCUCAAGAACAUGGGCUACGGCGGCGGAUUGCUCCACUCCCACGUCCAGACUUACCCCGAAGGCUCGCAACAGCAGCAGAUUACCUGCUACCACCACAAAGACGCCAACAACGACUGGUUCUUCUACCCGAACAGGCAUCAGCCAGAGUUUGACGCUGAGGCGCCUCUGCAGUUUGUUGGAAACGGCGAUGUCAUCCGUAUGAUCCACGCUCAGACUGGCCGUAAUCUGCACUCGCACCAAGUCGCUGCUCCGGUCACGAAGGCUGACUACGAAGUGUCUUGCUACGGCAACACAUCUGUCGGCGAUACCAAAGACCACUGGCAGGUCGAGGUGGUUAACGAUGCCGCCUCGAACGACUACUCUAAAGUCCGGACACUGACCACUGCCUUCCGCUUGAGACACACCGACCUUGGCUGCUACCUCCGUGCUGGCAAUGUCAACCUGCCGCAGUGGGGAUUCAAGCAGAUCGAGACUACUUGUGUGAAGGAGAAUAAGCCUCGCGAUCCGUACACGCAGUGGAACGUCGAGUCGCACUGGAACGAGAGACUCCCCGCCAGCGACCCGGGCUCCUACAAAUCCCCCUUCCUGCGCGACUUCGUCCACCUCAACGUCGCCAUGAUGACCUCCAACAACGCCCUCGUCCCGGACCCAGAUAAACAAGACGACCUCGCCAGCGCGCCCUGGCAAUGGCCCCUCCUCAACGUCGGCCUCCGCAUGUGCGGCUGGGACGACAACAUCGUCAAGUACUUCCUCCUCGGCAACCCGGCCGUGUACUGGGGCUCGACUUUUUCUCUGGCCUUCUUCCUCGGCAUGAUCGCCUGGUACGCCGUGCGCUGGCAGCGCGGCUACGACGAGCUCACGUGGGCCGCGAUCGAUCACUUCGAGUACUCAGGCCUCUACCCGUUUAUUGGCUGGUUCCUGCACUACCUGCCCUUCAUCGUCAUGGCGCGCGUGACGUACGUGCAUCACUACUACCCGGCGCUGUACUUCGCCAUCCUCUGCAACGGUUUCAUCCUGGACUGGUACACGCGGACGCUGCCAAAGGGCGUGCAGUGGGGGAUCUUCGCGGCGUUGUAUGCGCUGGUCAUUGGCCUGUUCUGGGUUUUCAAGGAUAUCUGUUUUGGGAUGGUCGGGCCGAACCAGCAGUGGAGUCAUUUGAAGUGGUUGGACACUUGGAGGAUGUCGGAUGUGUGA